UAGUUUAUUUCAAGUUGCUGUAGCUCUUUAUUAAAAAGAAGCUGAAGUUUAAUUCUACUUUUAAAUUACAUUAAUAUUGAAUAAUAACAAUAAUCUUAAUAAAAUGAAAACAAAACCCGGUAGCAAACGGAAACUUAAAGAAAAUCCUAAGAAAACUAACUUGGAAAAAAUUGAAGAUGAAGAGAGCGAUACAGAUGCUUUAAAUGAUAAUUUAAUGAAAACCGUUGAAAAUGAUGACGGAGAUACAACAGAUGAUGAAGGAAUUGAGAAUAAUUACAAUUCGGACGAUGAAAGUGAAUUGAGUUUUGAGAGUGACGACGAAGGAAAUUAUAAACAGAAAUUGAAUGGUGAAUCCAGAAGUAUAUCUGAUGUGGAAUCUGAUAACUCAGAAGAAGAAUCUGAUGAAAAAGAUAGUUCUGGUGAAGAUGAUGCUGAAAACGAAGAACCACAAGAGAGUGACGAAAACGAAGAAGAGGACGAAAGCGAAGUGGAGGACGAAAGCAAAGGUGAAGAAGGUGAAAAAAACAAAAAUGAAGAUAAUGCUAAAAACAAAGAAAACAAAAAAUCUGUGAAAGAGAUGAAAUCCAAUUUAUCGCUUAAAAACAACAAACUGAACUCUACACAAAAAGAAAAAUCAAAAUAUACCUUAUCGGAAGUUAUGAAAAGUUCUAAAAAUUCUAAAGCAAAAGAGGAAGAUGAAAUUUUAACAUCAGAUGAAGAAGAUAUUAGAAAUACUGUUGGAAACAUCCCAAUGCAUUGGUAUGACGAAUACAAGCAUAUUGGUUAUGAUUGGGAUGCUAAGAAAAUUAUCAAGCCACCUCAAGGAGAUCAAAUUGAUGAAUUCCUUAAAAAAAUUGAGGAUCCCAAUUUCUGGCGUACAGUUAAAGACCCACAAACUGGACAAGAAGUAAUUAUAACCGAGGAAGAUAUAGAUCUAAUUAAACGCAUAAAUACUGGAAAAAUUCCAGAAAAGAAUUAUAAUGAAUAUGCGGAUUGGGUAGAAUGGUUUACAUCAGAAGUGGAACAAGUCCCAAUCAAAAAUGUUCCUGAUCAUAAAAGAUCAUUUUUACCAUCAAUGUCCGAGAAAAAAAAAGUAUCUAGAAUGGUUCAUGCUCUUAAAAUGGGUUGGAUGAAAACAACAGAAGAACUAGAAAAAGAAAAACAAGCUAAGAGAGCUCCAAAAUUCUACAUGUUAUGGGAAACUGAUACAGGACGCGAAGAAAUGCGUAGAAUACAUGAUCAUGUAACCGCUCCGAAACGUGACUUACCAGGUCAUGCAGAAUCUUAUAACCCACCUCCUGAAUAUCUCUUUGAUGAAAAAGAAAUGAAGGAAUGGGAACGUUUAGAAGAUGAACCGCAGAAAAGAAAAUUACAUUUCUUACCUCAAAAAUAUAAAUCUUUGCGAGAAGUUCCAGCUUAUCCAAGAUAUAUAAGGGAAAGAUUUUUGCGUUGUCUUGAUUUAUACCUUUGUCCGCGCGCUCGAAGAACUAAACUAAAUAUAGAUGCGGAGUAUCUAGUUCCAAAACUACCUAGUCCUAGAGAUUUACAACCCUUCCCAACAGUUGAAAGUAUGGUUUAUCGUGGUCAUUCUGAUUUCGUAAGAACAAUAAGUAUUGAACCCAAAGGAGAAUACUUAAUAUCGGGAAGUGAUGAUAUGACAGUGAAAAUUUGGGAAAUAUCAACAGGUCGGUGUAUUCGUACUAUUGAAACGGAUGAUGUUGUGAGAUGUGUUGCGUGGUGCCCAAACGCAAAAUUAUCCCUAGUUGCUGUUGCAUCAGGACAACGCCUUUUAUUAAUAAACCCUAAAGUGGGUGAUAAAGUUCUAAUAACAAAAACAGACAAAUUAUUGGCAGAAGCGCCACAAAGGGAAGUUAUUGAAAAUGAUAGAAUUAGCGCAGCAGUACAAUGGGAACCAUGUACAGACAAAACCGAUAUGGAAAAAGGUGUUCGCAUUAUUAUUAAACAUUUUAAACCGAUUACACAAGUAACUUGGCACGGAAAAGGUGAUUAUUUUGCUACAGUUAUGCCAGAAGGGGCUAACAGAUCUGCUUUAAUACAUCAAUUGUCAAAAAGAAGUACACAAAUUCCAUUUUCGAAGAGCAAAGGUCUUAUUCAGUAUGUUUUAUUCCAUCCAGUUAAACCGUGUUUUUUUGUCGCAACACAACACAAUAUUCGAAUUUAUGAUUUAGUAAAACAAGAAUUAGUAAAAAAAUUAUUAUCUAAUUCAAAAUGGAUAUCCGGAAUGGCAAUACAUCCCAAAGGUGAUAAUUUAUUGGUAUCUACGUACGACAAAAAAAUGUUAUGGUUUGACUUAGAUUUAUCAACAAAACCGUAUCAAACAAUAAGAUUACAUAAAAAUGCUGUACGAAAUGUUAGUUUUCAUUUACGUUAUCCUUUAUUUGCAUCUGCAAGUGAUGAUUUAUCAGUAAUUGCUUCUCACGGAAUGGUUUACAAUGACUUGUUACAAAAUCCUCUUAUAGUUCCAUUAAAGAAACUUCUAGGUCAUGAAGCCAGAGAAGAAUUAGGAGUUUUAGAUGUUGUAUGGCAUCCAACUCAACCUUGGGUAUUUUCUUCUGGAGCUGAUACAACAAUAAGAUUAUUUACUUAAGGAAGCAAAUUAUAUACAAAAAGAUUUCCGUUUUAAUUUUUUUUUUUUUAUUAGACAAAUUAUUUUUUCAUACCAAUGGGGUAUGAAUAAAAUGUGAAAGUUUAUUAAACCGAAUAAAUUUUAUAAAAUUAUUUUAACUUUUCUCAAUUAUGUUAAUUAAAUACUUAUAAUGAAAGUGAA